AUGGACCAAAGUCAAGCUAACGGAGCUCCUCCACAUGUCGGCCAACUCAGUCUUGUAAAGAUGCCCAUCACAAGCAGUAAUGUGGGUAAUAUUUCAGCAGAUCAAAGAUUAUCCCAGGAUAAUGGGACUUCGAAUAACUUGUAUUCUCAACAACUGUCUGCAGAUCUUCUUGGUGAUCUGUUGGGUCCUCUGGCUAUUGAAGGCCCUCCUAGUAGCAGUGACCACCCUCAGCCAAGCUCAAAUCCAGGAAUAGAAGGGACUGUUGUUGAUGCCACGACCAUAGUUCUUGGCGAACAAGAUGCCUGUUCUGUGCAGCCAAUUGGAAAUAUUGUUGAAAGAUUCCAGGCUUUGUGCAUGAAGGAUAGUGGUGUUCUAUAUGAGGAUCCUUAUAUUCAUAUUGGCAUUAAAGUAGAAUAUGGAGCUCUGUCGAGAGGAGAUGGAGCUAUAUAUUUCCGUCUUCCCCAUAAAGGAUACCGUAAAAAAAUAUGGGAUCAUGCUGUUGAAUGUAUUGUUGUGACAAAAGCUGGAGUCAUUGUCUCAGAUGCUGCAGGGUACACCACAAACCAUUGUUUUCUCGAUCCACAUGAUUAA